AUGCCGAGAGGGUAUUCGGAUGAGUUCAGUUGGAAGCCUCCUGUGAAUGCAGGAUUCGUGUUCUUGUUCGUCAUGGUGACAUGCGGAAUGUUUGGCGCAUCGAGAUUUGAUAUCGAGCAAAUCAUGUGGCUUUCACUUAUGACCGCCCAGACAAUUGGCUUCAAAGAUUUGAUGUAUAUGGGCUAUGCUUGGGAAGGGCGACGUGUCGAUGUCUCUUCUAAGAGAACGGUCGGAAGAAACCGUAAUGUAGAAGCUCAGCUGAACUGGUUCUGCCAAGGGGGUCGAUGGUACACAGAGCCAAGCCAACUAUCAUGA